AUGUCGUCCUCAUUCAAUUGGACCUCGGUGGCGAUCGCCGUGGCCGCGGUCUUUCUCUUCUGGACCAUCUCGUCGACCUCGUCCCCGUUUACGAGCUCAUUCCCCCGUCUUCGCAACAAGCGCAUUUGUCUGCUCAUCGCGCACCCGGACGAUGAGGCCAUGUUCUUCUCACCCACGGUGUUGGCGCUCACCAAGCCAGAGCUGGGAAAUCACUUGAAAAUCCUGUGUCUCAGCACCGGCGAUGCAGACGGACUAGGCGAAACCCGCCGCAAAGAACUCGAAAAAUCCGCUCUCCUCCUCGGAGUCCGCGAUCGCUCCGACGUCUUCGUCCUCGACGACCCAGCCCGUUUCCCCGACAGUAUGAGCACCACGUGGGCGGCCGAGCACAUCACCUCCCUCUUGGCCUCGGCCUUCUCCCCGGAUGUCGCCGCCACCCUCAACGGGACCACCAAGAAGAACGUGCACAAGGCACCCACCGCCACCAUCGACAUCCUGCUCACCUUCGACCAACACGGCGUCAGCAACCACCCGAACCACCGCUCUCUGUAUCACGGCGCCGUCCGGUUCCUCAAGACCAUGAUGACGGACAAGGAGGGCUUCGACUGCCCCGUGACCUUGUACACGCUGACCUCGACCUCCAUGCUGCGCAAGUACAUCGGGGUGUUGGACGCACCGUAUUCGAUGGUGACUGGGCUUCUGGGGACCUUGUUCAGUAAACGCGAUGCGAGGAAGGCAAGGGCUGCUGGGACGCCGAGGCGGUUGAUGUUUGUCAGUUCGGUGGGGGAUUGGCUCACGGCGCAGUCGGCCAUGGUGAGGGGCCAUCAGAGUCAGAUGGUUUGGUUCCGGUGGGGGUGGAUUACGAUCGGGAGGUAUAUGACUGUGAAUGAUUUGAAGCGGGAAAAGGUUUGA